AUGGAUACGCAGACUUCCGGUUCAGCUGCAUGCAUUGGAACAUCAAAUAAAAACACAAUUUCACACUCGCUUCCUUCAAUGGAGGAGAAGCAGCGUUAUUUGCCUUACAAUGAACAUCCGUCUCCUAAUUCAGAGAUCUCAUCCACAAACGAUCGUCUUGUUCCUCGAUCCAGCUUACUUGAAGUUUCUAAAUCUUCUGAUUAUAACUCAACCGAAGUACCUUAUAGUCUAAAAUGCGCUUCAAAUCUAUGCCAUACUGGCGAAGUUAGUGGCAGUGAUACAAUAGAUAAUCAAUUGAGCCCCGUUGGUGAUACGAUCUCGACACCAAGUUCACAGGACGCCCGGAUAGCUGGCCCGGCUACCGCUUUGGCCAACUCCGAUAUCUAUACUGUGGUGGUGCCAAAGCCUGGAAGUAGUCUUGGACUUAGCAUUAUAGCAGCCCGAGUAAGAUUUCUUUGUUGCCUCCAGAUAUCUGACUAA